CUUGGGGCAAGCCUUACAUUGGUUUCGUAUGCCAGCGAAGCCUUGACAAGAAUUACCACAAUGCUCACACAGGCGCCGAGACGAGAACCUACCUCCUCAAUUGCGCAACUUGCAAGGAACUUUUGGCACACACUAUGAUCACUCUUGACUCUUAGCACAACUUGUGAAAGGCCUUCUUAGUCUGAGGCCCAUCUCUCAUCAGUGAACCACAAACGCACGCUAUGUGUCCUCCAUCUGGGUUCCAAGAUGUCCAUGGCUUGGCCGCUGGCAAGACAUAUGCAACUGAGAAGGAUUGGAAACGUAUGCAGCCUACUAUCGCUAGGCUCUACCGAGAUGAGAGCAAGUCCCUGAGACAAGUUAGGGAGAUCAUGGAAACCCAAUAUCAUUUUAACGCCACGUGAGUCAGUCUCCAGCUAUACCCGCGACCUACUGACCCUA